AUGGCACGCAUUCCACUCACCUCUGUCCUUCCUCUCCUUGUCUUUCUUUUGGCUGAUGUCCCUCGAAAACUACUCAAUCCCGAUUCAAUCUUUACCUUUCCAAUCCUCUUUGUUCUCGAUGCAAUUCUCUCCACAAUCUACAAAAUCCAUGGACCCCAGUCAAUCGAACCUACUAACCGCAAAUUAAUCGCAGGCCCUGAUGCUGCUGAUAUUGCUGUUUCUGCUCUUGGUGACACCGAGUGUCUCAAGGAUACUCCCCUCGAAAUUUUUCUCGGUCUGGAGGAUAAUAAUAAUGACAAUAAUAAUAAUGACAAUAAUAACUCUACCCCUUCUACCCACCCCUUUACCAAUACCAUCGCCAAUAACUCCAAUUCCUCCUCACCUACUCUUUCUCCUUUGUCCUUUACCAGCAGUAGUCCUUUUAGCACUACUAUAAGCAAGAAUUUCAUAACGGAUGAGCCAGAGUCAAUGGACUGUAGAGCACCUUGGGACGAUACCCCUGUUGCAAACACAGUCGAGGGUUGUCAGGACAACCUUUGCCCACUACCUGACUUUUCUUCCUUCUCUCCCACUCCAACCCAUUCGAGAUCAACUCCAGUUAGCCUAGGUAAUCGCCGCCGCCAGCGACAGCUUCCGCCGCUUGAACCUCUUGAACUUGAUUUCUUUGGUCCCUUAUCCCCACCAUCAUUAUCACCUUCAAUGUCGGUGUGCUCUAGCAUCUCAAGUGCAUCUAUCGAUAGCGUUAUUCCCAUAUUGGCUCGUCGUAGACCAUCGCGUGUUGAACACGUUGUACGGCUCAUAGAAAAGGGCGAGUUAAAGGCAAGUGCUUCUACACCCACAACCAGUACCACCAGUGGUGUACGCCCAAGAGGCCAAAGUGUCAGUUCUCUCGAUUCUUCGACCCGUCCCAAGCCAAUCCGCAACCGUACCUUUGGGUUCAAACCUAUCAAAGGAGUGUGGGAAAAGAGAAUUCAGGACACAGCUUCUAUCAAAUAA